CCAGACGAAAUGAAGUCAGCCAUACUUUCAGUUGCUUUGCUGCUCCUCUUGAAUUUGGAUUUGAUGACCUCUCAAGGUGUGAGCGAUUGUCUCCUUCCAAAAGUGACAGGACUUUGCAGAGCACGUUUCCCGCGAUUUUAUUUCAAUGAGGCCAAAGGUCGCUGCGAAGGAUUCACCUUUGGUGGUUGCGGUGGAAAUGGAAAUAAUUUCAAAACAUUGAAAGAAUGCAAACAAACGUGUAUAUGUCCCCUUCCACCUCAGACAGGACACUGCAGAGGAUACUUUCCGAGAUACCACUUUGAUGAGGCCAGCGGUCAGUGUGAGAAGUUCAUCUACGGUGGUUGCGGAGGAAAUGAAAAUAAUUUUAAAACUUUGAAAGAAUGCCAACAAACUUGUAAGUUUCUUGGAUUCAAAAAAAUAUAG